AUGUCCACCUUUAUCCCUACAUCAUCUAACCUACACCUGCCUUGCCGUCCGCCGCCCGCACCAAAGGGGGUGAGAGGGCAAGCCGAGGCUUUGUUUGGCCCGCGAUGGACCCCCGAUGUGUGCCGGAACUGCGGCCACAGCGGCAAGCACAUUGACUUCCGGGACUUCCGAUGCGCCAUCACGGAGCGCGAUGACGCCGAGCGCGACAAGAUCCAGGCCGACGCGGCCCUCGAGCGGGCGCGCCAGCUGUGCGAGUCGUCGCUGUCGCUCAUGAAGCGGCAAAUGCAGGAGCUCGAGGAUGCCAACGCCGCCAUCGAGGCUCUAUCGCGCGCGCUGUCCGCCGCCGAGGACCGGCGGGAGCGCAUACGCCGCGACCUCGGCACCCACGGCGACGUCUGCCUCACGGCGCGGUCGAACCUGGAGGCGGCCGAGGAGAUGGCCAUCUCAGCGGCGGGGCGUUACUUUGAGGCCGGCCGGGCCGUGACUGCGCUCGAGGACAGGGAGCAGCAGCGUUCGCCGGGCGGGCCAGUCGAAGAGGCGCUUGCCCCGGCGGACGAGGAGAUGGGCGACGGGGGAGAGGACGACGAGGCGCGGGAGCGCGACAACCGCAAGUGGCAGCGGUCCAACGAGCGGUUCUGCAAGUGGCUCCGACGGUCGGAGGCGCAGCGGCAGAUCAUGAAGUCGUCGUGGACGAAGGUGCGGGUCGCCGAGAGGCUGGCGAGCGAGGGCGUCGACGAUGAGGAGCUCGCGAGGCGCAACAGGGUCCAGGAAUGGGCGGCGGCGCGGCGGCUCACCGAGCAGCUCCCGCCCGAGGACGAACCCACGAUGGAGACGGAGUUUCUCGAGUCUGAGCCGGAGCCGGAGCCUACCGAGACUACAGAGCCGACGGAGGAAUCUGCGAGCUUCCCCGAGCCUUCGGCGCCACCUCUGGCACCGAAACCCGCUCCGGCCCCGACCCAGCUUCCCUCCCCGACAAAGCCGGCCACCACACGCCGUGCCGCGGCUUUAAGAACGAGAGCUAAGACGGGCAGGGAAGGUGCGGCGACGGCGGCACAGACGAUGCCGCCCACCCCGGCGAGAGGGCGGGCGCUACGGACCGCGCGCAGGGUGGAGAGCCAGACUCGGUCGGAGCCGACGAGACCGACGGCGGCGGCGACGACGACGACGACGACGACAACUACGACUAUGAGGGUGAAGAAGAAUCCCAAGACGACACGGGCGGCAGCGCCCGCGGCCCCGCCGGCAAAGGUGGGAGCUACGGCCAGCUCGGAUGGCGCCGGGCGCCCAGCGGCGAGGACGCGAGCGAGAACCGGGAAGACCCCGGCACCGGAAGCGUCGCUGACUGCGGCGGCAGGCCGGCCGCAGAGGGUUACGAGGAGGCGGUCGGCGAGGUCGCAGCCGUACCCCGAGCCGAGCGCUCAGCCCAGAUGGAAGUGA